GAACAAAAAUUCUCUCUAAAACAACCACUCUCACCCAAAAAGUAAAACUUUUCAUUUCCUAUCUUCAAUAUAUUUUUUCUAUAAAAAAACAUGUGUAGAAGACCAAUUACACCUCCGGACCAUCACCAAUCACACCGUGAUUCCGAUCAAUCACCCGUUACAACCAGUGUCUAUAUUUUAACUUCCCGGGGUCGAAAAAUCCCGGUCCAUGCUAAUAUUCUGGAAUCAGCUUCAUCAGUAUUCGAAAACAUGAUUAAUAGACCUUUGAAACAACAGAACUCUGACAGGAUCAUUAAGAUCCUCGGAGUUCCGUGUGAAGCUGUUGAGGUCUUCAUUAAAUUUCUAUAUUCCAAUAGAUGUGAUGAAAAAGAUAUGGAAAAGUUUGGGAUGCAUUUGUUGACAUUGGCCCAUGUAUAUUUGGUACAAAAGCUAAAAAUGAGAUGUGUUAAAGAUUUGAUCGGACGGUUGACAAUAGAGAACGUGGUGGAUGUGUUACAACUUGCUAGGAUGUGUGAUGCACCUGAUCUUUACCUGAAAUGUGUGAUAAUGAUUUCGAAAAGGUUUAAAUCUGUUGAGGCAACUGAAGGGUGGAAGUUUCUUCAAGAAAAUGACCCGUUUCUCGAACUCGAAAUCCUUAAGUACAUCGAUGAUGUCGAAGAGAGGAGAAAAAGUACGAGGAAGAAUUUGCAAGAACAAAGUUUGUAUUUCAAGCUAAGUGAAGCAAUGGAUUGUUUAGAACACAUAUGUACGGAAGGAUGUACAAGUGUAGGACCAUAUGAUAAGGAAUUAAUGAAGAAGAAAGCACCUUGCAACAAAUUCUCUACAUGUGAAGGCCUCCAACACUCUAUUCGACAUUUCGCAAAUUGUAAGACAAGAGUUAAUGGAGGUUGUGUUCGGUGUAAACGAAUGUGGCAGCUCUUUAAACUCCAUUCUUCGAUAUGUGAAUUAUCCGGUUCGGCUUGUAAAGUCCCCCUUUGCAGGCAAUUCAAGACAAAAGGGCAACAAUUUAAAAACAAGAAGGAAGAAGCAAGAUGGGAAUUGCUAGUGAGAAAAGUUGUAGCAGCCAAAGCUGUUUCUUCAUUACCAUUAUUACCCAAGAGAAUAUUAGAAGUAGAUCAACAACCAAGAUCAUUAUUUAGAGAAGCCAUGAAUUUUCAAGUUAGUGUAGCUUGUUAAAGAUGGCAACUUUUUUUUGGAUCCCAAUUAGUAGAUUCUUUCUUUCUUUAUGUGUUUUUUUCUAUACUUUUGGUUAGAUGAUUGGGUUUGUUAAAUAGGAAAGUGUUGAAUAGUGUUGUUUGUAUAUGUAGCAGUGUGGUCUCUAGUUUUUUGUUUGUUUCUUAGGUGGGUUGGUGAUAAUGCUGAAGAGAAUGAUGGUGUGUGGUGUGGGAUGAGUUAAAAAGAUAGCCAGGCAUAUUUGUAAUUGAGAAAAAGUUUAAGCUUUUUCUAGCUUUCAUAUUAUAAAGAGAGUAUUUUGUGAA